GCUGGCCGAUUAAUGAAACAUUUCAGUUUAAUUCCAGAAUUUAAAUCGAUUUUCAGAGCCACGUAGUGGUGACAAAGGAAACUAAAAAAUGCCGAUUCCCGCGAAUCACAACAGCCGGGCGCGUUUUGUUGACACCCGAAGUGACAUUCUGAUACUUUUUACACUUUCCCUAAAUCUUCUCCGACACUCGCUUGAAAUCAGCCAUGGAACCACCGUCCGAAGUUUACGACGAAGAGGGAAGUGAAGUCGGCGGAGAGGAGCCCUUUUACUUGUUCGAACUUGUCAAACCUGAGUCGAAAGAGGCUACUGUUUGGAGCUCUCUGAACAUGAAUCCGUAUGGUCUGGCAUCAUGGGCUACUGACAGUGUUGAGGCCAUGAACAUCAAAUUAGUAAGGACUGUACAAGACAUGCAGGAUUCUGAUUUAAGUUUCAAGCCGGAAAUGACGUAUCAAGUGUUUGGUCAAAAAGAAAUUAUUGCUGGAUACAAAGAUUUGAAAGUUGAUCUGCUUUAUGGAGCUGGAAGUCUGAAGACUCUUCUCAAUAUCACUUACUCAAAAAAAGUUGAUCCAGACUUGUUUGAGGCUGAAAAUGUGGAAGAGAAGUUAAAGGAUUACUUGCCAAAGGGCUACCUCACGUCAGUUGACAACUUCAGCAUUGGUCUCAAAGAAGAGGAGGACAAGUUCCAACCUCCCGGUGAUAAAAUCCACGAGUUCAAAGUGGAAACUGAGGAUGGAGAUCAAACCUACGAAAUCUACCACGCCACUUCUCAAGAUACCAAAAUGCAGGCCUACUGUGAGCGAAUGCAGACCUUCAUCAUGUGGUACAUUGAAGCAGCCAGUUUUGUAGAUCUGGAAGACACAAAGUGGAACUUCUUCCUGCUAUUUGAGAAGUACAAGCACGACGGCAAGCCUCGUUUUGCUUUCGCUGGAUUCGUUUCGACCUACGAGUUCUACUGCUACCCUGACAACAUUAGACCCAGGGUCAGCCAGAUGCUCAUCCUACCACCCUUUCAAAAAGCUGGACUUGGAGUUGAACUGCUUACAACCACAUUCAACUUUUACAGAGGCAAACCCGAAGUGACUGACGUUUCAGUCGAGAGCCCCUCUCCUGAAUUCCAAAGGCUGCGUGAUUUUGUUGACUGUCUAACCUGCAUGAAGCUGCCUGAGUUUUCUGCCAAAAAUGUCAAAAAGCGUUUCUCGAAGGAAAUGGAGAAAAUUGCCAAACAAAAGCUGAAGAUGGGAAAAAAACAAGCCCAACGAGUUUGCUUCAUUUUGAAGCUCAAGGGCUGCAAUCAGGAGGAUGAGGAUGAAAUGGAGGGUUACAUGGACUUUUUGAAGCAGGAGGCUGAUAAACAAAAUCGACGGGUGCAUGAGAGAGCUGAGAAAAAGGGACUGCUGCGGGUGAUGGAACGAGCCAAACUUGUCGAAGCCAUUCCAAGUUUGAGCCCGGAGUAUAGAAUUUCAUCUGUUGCCCAAGCAGCCAAAGGCAUGUUCGAGCAGUUCAUCAAAGUCGUCAACAGACUUGAUAGAGAUGCUGAAGAUUAAGGCCAAUUUAAGAUUAAGAUUGUAAUUUGCAUUUCCCAAUUGCUAUCAAAUUAUUUUACAUAUGUGCCAAGUUGUAAAGAAAGCCCCCAGUUUAAUAAUAAUUAUCAUUUCUAUCAGUCUUUUUCAAAUAAAAGUCUUUG